UGGUCGCUCAUCGCCCUUGCAACCUUCUCCCUCCUUUAUCUAUUUGUUUUGUUUUUUUUUUCUCGUUUUCAUUUUUUUUAUGUCGUCUCGUAUCUCGUUCACACAUCUGAAGUUUUAUUUUUACACUUUACCUCUCUGGUUGUGCACUUGUACACUGUUAUUAUAAGUUCUACGAGUCACGGCGUCGUCGCCGUCGUCGUCUUCGAUACCACCUGGACAGAGAGACAGAAUAUAUUGACAGUACCACAAGUCGAGUAUAGAAAAUCACAUCGUCUACUCCGAUUAGGGCAACAAAUAAUGCCCCUUAGCCGCAUAACGCUGAUGUGUGCGCUUGUUUGUUAUUGUAAUUGUUAAUUUAUUGUGAACCGAUUGAUUAUGGAUUUGAAUGAUAAACAAUCUAAUAUCCCCGAUCUCCAUCUUAGUGAUGUCAUUGAAGUCAUUGAAGAGCACGUAAGAACUAAAACUGUGCAACAAAUGGACGCUCCAUCAUCAAACAAUGGGCGAAGACCUACAACUUCACCAUAUAUCAAAAUCGUCGAACAGCCUGCUUCAAAGGCAUUGAGGUUUAGAUAUGAGUGUGAAGGUAGAUCAGCCGGGAGUAUACCUGGAGUUAAUAGUAGCACUGAAAAUAAAACCUACCCUACAAUUCAAAUAGUAGGUUAUAAAGGCAGGGCUGUUGUUGUAGUAUCAUGUGUCACAAAAGAUAGACCAUAUAGACCUCACCCUCAUAACCUUGUGGGACGUGAUAACUGCAAAAAAGGAAUUUGUACUAUAGAAAUUAAUAACGAAUCAAUGGCUGCAAGUUUUCAGAAUUUGGGAAUACAAUGUGUAAAAAGAAAAGAUAUUGACGAGGCUCUCAGAGUACGAGAAGAAAUAAGAGUAGAUCCAUUUAGAACUGGAUUUUCACAUAAAGAGAACCCAACUUCAAUAGACUUGAAUGCAGUGAGGUUGUGUUUUCAAGCUUUUCUUGGCGGUACACAAAAAGGAAAAUAUAGUAUUCUUGAACCGAUUGUAUCAGAUCCAAUUUACGAUAAAAAAGCGAUGUCGGACUUAUCGAUAUGUAGAUUAAGUGAUGCAGCUGCUUCAGUUGUAGGUGAUAAAGAAAUCAUAUUAUUAUGUGAAAAAGUAACUAAAGAUGAUAUCCAAGUAAGAUUUUUUGAGGAAAAAGAUGGUAAGUGCAUUUGGGAAGACUAUGGUGUUUUUAAAGCUUCAGAUGUACAUAAACAAGUGGCUAUUUGGUUUAAGACUCCAAAAUAUAAAAUAACAGAGAUUGAUAGUCCAGUAAAUGUAUGGAUUCAGUUAAAAAGACCUUCGGAUGGCAUGUGUAGUGACGCUCUUCCAUUUACAUUCACUCCGGAUUAUUCAGAUCCGGUCAUGUUGAAAAGGAAAAGACAGAAAUUAUCUAGCGAAAGUGAACUUUUGAUUCAAUUACCGAGUAACCCUAUUAGACUUAUAGAACAGUCAUCUAGUUUUAUUGAUGGAAUGGUUGACCAAUUGGCAAUUUCUGUACCAAUCAAAGAAGAACCAGAAACUAGUCCUAAUCCUUAUAGUGGUUUAUAUCCACUUUCAAAUCCGAGUGUUCUUCAACAUUCGCCUUUGUAUAACUCUAGAACACCUUCACCACAUGACUAUCAAUACCCAAAUGUAAAUCCUAUUUCAUUAUAUGGGCAGACUACAAUACUGAAUACCAAUAUUCGACUACCUGCAGGAAUUCAAACUAGUGGGUGUACUAUUACAAAAGUGUGUCCUACGGUUAAUAAUCAUAAUCCAACAUCUCAAAAAAAUUAUGCUCUGCCAACUACCAUAACUACAACACCUUUACCGUGCCCAACAGAAGAUAAUAAUGAAUCUAAUCUUAUGGAAGCUACAUUGCCAAGUUUAGAUUCUAGUGACUUAAGAACCUUGUUGGGAGACAGUGAACAUGUGUUGUCAACCAAUUUGUCUGCUAGUCUACAUUUAACAGAAAAUAGUGCUCGUGGAGAGUCCAUUCCAGAAAUAGUAGUCGAAGACAAUAUAAAUAUGUCGGACAGUUUUGAUAGAAUUGCUGACAACACUCUUAAAGAAUUCUGUGAGUUUUACACAAAACGUAAUUAAUUGUUGUUAGUUAAAAAUAUAUAAUUUAUGAUUUUGUUAGGUAAAAUAUUAUAUAUAAUAUACACUGUUUUUCUUUUUAUAAUAUUUCUAUACAAAUUUUAUCCAUUUGACAUCUUUUUUUGUAAAUAAACUAUCAAAUGUUUGCAAUUGAAGAAUGGACAUCUGUUAAAAAUAAUAUAUGAAAUAAAAUUUUGACCAAUCCAAA